AUGGAGUUACUCAUGACGUGGCUGGACGAGCGCCUCAUCCCCCCCGCUAACAUCACUGACGACGAGGAUUUUGUGUCCCUCCAUCCUUCGCUGUCUAAGAAGCUGUGGAUCCCUGACAUCUACUUCGGGCACAUCCGCUACAUGUAUGCCCCGAGGGUGUUCGCGGACGCCCAAGAGAUAUGGUUGCACAAGAACAAGUCUGUCGGGAUCUCCAAACUACUCAUAGUCAAAACCGGCUGCCACAUGAACUUUGCUCUUUACCCAAUGGACAUACAGCGAUGCCUUCUUAGCAUUGAGAGCUCUACACAAUCACGCCCGAAAUCCACAAUCACGCCCACAGAUGGUUACACUGUCGACGAGAUGGCGUAUGAGUGGGCGACGUGGGCAGACAAAGUGAAGGUGUUGGGAGAAACAACGCUGGAGCAGUUUAGUUAUAACGCCAUUGUAACUAAUCUUACGUCGAAGGUCUAUGGCGGUGAUACCUAUCCGAGACUCGGCGUCGAGAUCGUCCUGGAACGGAAGCUGGCGUACCACCUGCUGCAGACGUACCUCCCAGGCUCUCUGUUCGUGAUGAUGUCGUGGUUCAGCUUCGCCGUGCCGCCGCUGGUCGUUCCCGGGCGUGUCGUUCUCUGCGUCACUACCAUUCUGACGCUGACUUCGAUGUUUUCGACGGCCAGGACCAGCACGCCCCAAGUGUCGUACAUCAAAGCUCUCGAUGUUUUCAUGAUAACGUCUAUCAUCUUCGUCUUUCUUACUUUACUGGAGUACACGUUCUUACUCAGGAAGCGCCGCCAACACCUCCUGGAGGCAGCGAUAAAGGAACGGACGAGUAACAGGCGACGCUGGGUGAACAGGAAGGUUCGUUUUAGUCGGGAGAAGUGGGCGCCAGUGGAAUCAGUCCGAGAAUUCUUGUUAGAACUCUUGUCAAGCCGAAACUACAGGAAAACGGUGCCAAAGAUGGCGUGA